CUGCUCCAUUACUUUGCCAUCAACAAUGGCUGCGUCUUUACAGCAUCUCGGCCGAGGCGCCCUCCGAGUCGCCAAAAACUACACCAAGGGCUACACAGACACGCAAACGAAGGUCCGGGAAGCCACUUCUAAUGACCCAUGGGGACCUUCCGGCACCAUGAUGAACGAGAUUGCUCAGCUGACCUACAACCAAAACGACUUUGUGGAAGUUAUGGAGAUGCUCGACAAACGUUUGAAUGACAAAGGGAAGAACUGGCGACACGUUUUCAAGGCGCUCACCCUUCUCGACUACUGCCUCCACGCUGGCUCGGAAAACGUGGUCAUCUACUUCAAAGACAAUAUUUACAUCAUUAAAACUCUCAAAGAGUUUGUCUAUGUGGACGACAAUGGAAAGGAUGUGGGAUCCAAUGUUAGACAAAAGGCAAAGGAUAUCACCAAUCUUCUUCAAGACGAGUCGAGACUGAGGGAAGAAAGACGUUCCCGGGGUGCUAUGCGAGACAGAAUGUUGGGUACCAUCGAAGCAUCUGGUCUUCGUGGUGACCGUGACUACGGAGAACCUCGUAGCCCAGCUCGACAAAAUGAAUCUCCACGCCCUGCUCAACAGAACGAAUCUCCACGCCCUACAACUCGACCGAACAGGUCUCGUGACGAAGAAGACGAUCUUAAAAAGGCCAUCGAAGAGUCCAAGCGGAUGUCUGAGGAUGAAGCUAGGAGAAGAAGUAUGUUGACUCAGGAAGAGGACGAUCUUCAACGGGCCAUCAGAUUGUCUGAGGAGGAGGAAGCGAAAAGAAAGCGAGAACAAGAGAGUGCGACUCAGAAUGCGUUGUUUGACGAUAGCUUGAACUUACAAUCUCAGAAUGCCUAUACUCAGCAACCGGAUCUCUUUGCUCAGCAGACUCAGCAGAUGCCGGUGCAGCCUACUAGCGGUUGGCCAUUGGUCGAUGUUGGAUGGGGCCAGCAGCAACAACAGCUACAGCCGCAGUAUACGUCUUAUAAUCCGUUCUACGCUCAGAUGCAGGAACAACAAAUGCAACAACAGCAACAAGAGGAGUAUAUGCGUCAGCAAAUGGCUCUCCAGGAGCAACAACGCCAGCAGCAAGAGUGGAUACAGCAACAGCAAUAUUUACAGCAGCAACACACUUCUUUGCUAGCUCAGCCUACAGGAUAUGGAUCCAACAAUCCAUUUGCACCUAGUUUAGGCAGUCAGCAGACUGGACAAAUUUCAUCGCCUCAGCCGCAGCAGCCAUCUUUCCUCCCUGUCCCUAACGUUACCGCACAAUCCCAGUCUCCUGCUCCUCAAGCUCAGAUGCCAGAGCAACAGCCUCUUGAGCCUCAAGCGACAGCUAGACCGGCUUGGACACCCCAGACUAAAACAAAUGACGUCGAGCAUGGCCAGUUGGCUUCCUUGUUGGCGCGAGGCAGGGAGGAUGGUUUGGAUACGUUUGGUAACAUGGGCAACCUCCGUAUUCCCGUGGGAUCGACGUUUCACAAUUCCAAUAGAAUUGCCAUGCAGCAGACGGGUGCAGGUGGUCUCGGGGCGAAUAAUCCUUUUGGUCAGAAACAAGCGCAGCAGGGUCAGCAGCAAGGACAGAGUAGGGAACAACCAUUCUUCUCAAUCUAAAUACUUGGCUAUAACAUCUGGUUCCUUUCAACGGCAUGUUUUGUUUAUGCGAUCGGACCACUGGAUAUAUGUUACUGAAAAGGAUACCGUAGUUCUUCUCUUUACUUAGUGUUGAUGAUACCGUGCAUUUAUGACAAUAUGAUUUUGCUUG